ACCACGCCGGUGUACUCUGCUGCGAGGGAAGGAGGAGGAGAAGGAGAAAAAAAGGGGCGACUGCACUUGUGGCUGACGGACGCGAGGCGGAUCUACGACGUUGGCCCGAUCUCCGCUGAGGCCGAGGACGCCGCCGCCAGCACUCUGCUCUACGCCGCACCGCAGGGCGAGGAAAAGGGAGCGGGCAUGUUGUACGGCUCCUACGAGGUGGCUGCCGCUGCUGAGGGGAAACGCAGCGUCGUUUUUGUGGAGUUGGCGGCAGAGUUGGGGAAAAUAAAGGCGGCGCUGGCCACUUGGGAGGCAGCGGACAAGCGCGUUGCGGAGAGCUACGGCUGCAAGGAGGGAACUUGCCCAGCAACAGUGGAGGACGGUGCUGAUGACAAUGCCCCCGCUACAGGACCGGUUGGGUUUUUGUCCAAGCUGUCGGCUGACGGCAAACAGUGGGAGGACGCGUACGGCUGCGUGGACGCAGCUGUUCACGGGACGGUGGAGACGACUGCCAACGGGCUGAGGUUCAAAGGAGCAGCAGCAGGCGCGGAGUGGCCCGUGGGCGGGCAGGGGCAGAAUCAGCGGUACCACUUUGCAAACACCGCGUUUACGCUUGUGGCGAAGGUGACCAUCCACGCUGAGCCAGCGAAAGGCGGCAGCCCGGCUCCUUUGCUGGGCGCGAAGCUGAAUGACGGGGACAACACUGUGCUCCUGGGUCUGUCGUGCACGAAGGAGAAGAGGUGGGCAGUGAUAUUCAACAACAAGUCCCUGGAGCUGUCGAAGGAUGAAGAGUGGGAGGAGGAGAAAACGUACCGCGUGGCACUGGGGAUGAAUGACGGUGAGGGGUUGGUUGUGUACGUCGGUGGCUCGCGUGUGUACGACAGCGAAGAUGAUGAUGGGGAAGAAAGCGACGUUUCUAAACAGUUGCAGGAGCUGUUGAAGUCGCGCAGCAUCUCGCACUUCUACUUCGGCAGGGGCGCUGCGGGCGGCGUUGAGGUGACGGUGGCCGACGUCCUGCUGUACAGCCGCGCUCUGAGCGAGGCCGAGCUCGCGGCACUGACGACGAACCCCGAUGCCGCCGAUGCCGCCGCUGCCGCCGCUGCUGCUGGGGAGGAGGAGGCCGUUGAAGUGCCGGGCCCGGGAGUUGCGCCACCGGGCACCGAAGUGAAGGUCGCUCCUGCGCCAUCCGCCGGGGACUCCCACCCCAGCCCGUCGGAGGAACAGCACCAGCAAGAGGAAGAAGUACCGAAAGAAGGAGAGGAGAAAGAAGAAGCGGCUACUCAGUUGACGCAAGAAGAAGGCAGAGAAGCAGGCGAGGCGUCAACACCUUCUAACAACACGCACAACUCCGACGCAGAGGAAGCAGAAGAGGCGGAGGAUGAAAAAGAAAAGGAGGAGGAAAAAAAGACAGAAGGCAAUGGCGGCGCAUUGGCGCCCCCACCGUUGGCAGCGCCGGCUGCGGCCGGUGCUCCUCGCACAGGCGCAACUGAGCGGGCUGUCGAUGCGGAAACUUCCGAGCGGCAACGAGGGCCCUCGCCCCCCGCAGACGGUGCAGCCACGGCGGACCCGGUGGGUGACGCGCCUCCGCGGAGUGGGCCCAUGGAUGACGGCCAGGCGCAGCAGGGCACUCCGUCGCACGCGCCAGAGGUCGUUGGCGGCGUGCCGUCUGCUUCCGCCGCGCCCACCGGCGAGACGCCAAACGCUGUCGCGGAAGAAAAUGGCGCCGACCCCCAAACUGCGGCGGGCGCGGACGGCGGCCACGAGGCACCCAGCAACGCCGCCACGGCACCCACGGCUCAGGCGCCUGGGCAGCCAGGCAGCCCGCCAACACGCGACGCUGCACCGCACUUAAGCAACAACUCCGCUGCCUUCAGGAACACCACAGGGCUGUUCCAGCUGAACACAGAGAGCGACGUCGCUGUGCGUGGGUGCGUGUCUUGGCUAACGCUGCUGACUCUUCUGGCGCUUUGUGGCGUCGCGGCAGGCUUCUGA